GAGCGUGUGUCGUAAAGUCGGAAGUGUUUUUGGCCGAGAAGUUCACUUACGGCAGAUGAAAGCUAAACAAAGAGCAGCGAAAUUAAAGAUUUUGGAAACAUUUGAUCACAUUUCAAGAUUUUCUGCCCCUUGUUAGAAGUUUUGCUCAGUUUGUGGACACUAAAUAGCUUCUGUUCGCGCCGGUACCAUGGAAACAGAUGAGCAGGCCCGGCACCGCUUCCAGGCCGAGCUGGAGUUUGUGCAGUGUUUGGCAAACCCGUACUACUUGAACUUUCUGGCUCAGAGGGGCUUCCUGAAGGAGCGACCUUUCAUCAACUACCUGAAGUACCUGCUGUACUGGAAGGAGCCCGAGUACUCCAAGUUCCUGAAGUACCCCCACUGCCUGCACAUGCUGGAGCUGCUGCAGUACGAGCACUUCAGGAAGGAGCAGGUCAACGCUCAGUGCGCCAAGUUCAUCGAUGAGCAGCAGCUGCUGCACUGGCAGCAUUACUCCCGCAAACGCACGCGGCUGCAGCAGGCGCUGGCCGAGCAGCAGCAGGCGCAGCAGCCGCCGCAGCCACAUGGCAACACCGCCGCGAAGUGAAAAUGGAGGAGCUCCAGAUAAAGAUUUUUCUUCAACAUUGUAUUUUCUGAAAUCAGGCUGCGAUGAAUGGAAUUCACAGCAGAACUUUCAGAGACCUGGACAGACUGUUCCUGUAUCAGACUGCAGUCAGGAUCCAACCUGGAGACUUAUCAUGAACAUUAAGGGAAAUAUUGAUUCUGAAGAUUGUUCUUUACAAAAAUAAACUUUUUAUUGUCUGCUCUA